AUGGUCGGAAUACCACGGAGGCCCGAAGGCUCAGAAGAUUCUGGGUAUGGCAGCAUACCACCUAGUGACUCUCCUAUCACAAUAGAGCAUUGGGUAGCGAGCAGAGACAAUUUCCGAGUCGCCGCUGAUAACCAACUGCCUAUGCCUUGGCGCUCAAAAAUAGUCUCUGCUGACAUUGAGUGGGAGGAGAUAUACAAAAGAAACAUCCAGCCACAGAUUCCUGGUAUACUAGCCAAGUAUGGCCUUUCCUGUGGUGCAGACAGGCUGGACCGUCGUCAGCCUUGGGACGAGUCCUAUGAAACUAAAGACGUCAUCACAAUAUCUACGCACGACACAAGGCCGAGAAAAGACUGGCAGGAUGCGGCCAACGCGGUGCUUGCGGUGGUUAAAGAUAACGUCCCUAACCACCUCUCAUACCCCAUUCAAGUUGAGAUACUUAACUACGAUAAGAUAUAUGAUGAUACAUCGAGUGCCUUGCCGAAUGACCCAUCCAUUGUUGGCCCUCUCGAGCAAGUCAAAAGCCGAAUCGUGGAAGAGGUCUCAAAAUCUAUGGACAAUGUAUGGUCAUCCAUUGCGUUUCAUAUGCGUCACCGUCGCAGUGACUUUGAUGCACCUCGGAAACCUACCAUCCUCGUGGUGUGCCGUCCACACUCCGUGUGUGACUUUGUGGAGGCCGAAGAUCGUCUCCUUGAUAUUUUAAAUGAGCUGGACAUUUCGGUGUACUUGGAAUUUGUUCCGGGGAAACUUGUCCUUGCGAACCCAGGGCCUAAACCAACCCCCAUGUACGUCCUACCUCAGGAUCUCCCGGCAAAGCCUGAGAAUGGAAGCUCCAUAGGCGUCAUGGGAAACGACACCAAUGCCGGAACAUUAGGGGGCUGGCUUUUACUCAAUCUCCCACGAGAGAAGCGGCAAAUCAAAUGCGCCAUGACAUGCUACCAUGUAGUACGUGGUAAUGACAACAGCAUGACUGGCUACACCGAUUCACAUGGUAUUCAUUGGAGUGACCCACGCGGGCGGCUGACCAUCCAGUAUCCGGCAGCCUUAGAUGCAAAAGGUGCCCGAGCUGACCUGGAGGCACUGUGUCAGGAUUCCCCUGGCAGUCAGCAAUUGAAGCUGCAGCGAAGCAUGCUAUCAGCCCUCAUGUCAGGACCAGGAAUUGGGAAAGUCCUCCUCGCAUCGGGACAUCAAGUUCGAAACAAUCGUCGGGUCGACUGGGCACUGAUCGAGAGUCCUGAGACAUAUUCUAACAAUAGGCCCCCCCAAAUUAGCCAAGGCCGUUUCCGCAUGCCACCUAAUCCACACGUUUAUAACCCCCGUCCUGAUGCAAAAAUUCGACAAUUUGAUUAUUGGAAGAAAGACGAGUGGGUUGUCAAACUUGGGAGAUCGACUUUGACGUCCGGGGUUGUUAAUGGCAUGAAACGGGUUGAGUGGGGCCCUGGUUACGUUACCGAAGAGACCGAGCUUAUGUCUGACUACACCGAUAUGGCGAUUGACGGCGACAGUGGAUCAUUUGUUGUCAACAAGCAGGGACAUUUACUUGGUAUGCUAUUCGCAGUAUGCAAGGAACCUACAUCCUAUCACACCGCGUAUAUGACUCCGUUCAAUGAAAUACAAGCCCACGUCAAGGAGAUGACUAAUGGAGGGUUCUUGAGCUUCGACUGA